UUGUCGGCACCCUCAGUGCAUAUCACCUCCUAGCAUGUCUGCUAAGUGUGUCAAACGAGGCAUUCAGCAGUUUUAAAUGUCUCUUUCCGCCGCUGUGGUUUCUUCAUGUGCUGAAGGGGAAACUUCCAGAACCCGCAGAGCUCCUCAGUCCGGCUCCGCGUCGCUUCCGGCCUCGCGCUUCAUCGCGGAGCUGUUUCUGGCGUGAAGAGCAGCUGUCUGGACCCGGGCUCGCUCUGCUGUGGGAGGUGUGUGUGAGCGGGGAUGGAUCCUCUGGGCGCCCGCUCCCAGUUUGUGGAUGUCCAGACUCUUCCCACCUGGCAGCAGCAGCUGGGCGAGGACGGCCCGCCGCCACCGCCGCCGCCCGACCAGAGCGACGGUCUGCCCAGCAGGGAGUCCUUCCCAUCACCCUUCCCCUUCAGAGCCGACAUCAACCGCAAGGUCAUCCUCUACUCCGGGAGCGUCGCCCUGCUGAACUGCACCGCCAUCGUCAACCCCAGCAACGAGACGCUGAGCGACAAGAACCCCGUGUCUGACGGCAUCCACCAGCUGGCCGGGCCCGAGCUCCGAGACGAGCUGCUCAAAGUCCGAGCUUGUCGGACGGGAGACGCCAAGCUGACCAAGGGCUUCAAUCUGGCAGCGAGGUUCAUCAUCCACACGGUGGGGCCCAAGUACAAGAGCAAGUACCGCACGGCGGCGGAGAGCUCGCUGUACAGCUGCUACAGGAACAUCCUGCAGCUCGUCACGGAGCAGUCCAUGUCUUCAGUUGGCAUCUGUGUGGUCACCACGUCCAAGAGAGGCUACCCACUGGAGGACGCCACACACAUCGCCCUCAGGACGGUGCGCCGGUUCCUGGAGAAGCAUGGAAACAGCAUUGAGACGGUGGUGUUCGCAGUGUCGGACUCGGAGGAGCCGGUCUUCAGGAGGCUGCUGCCGCUCUACUACCCACGCUCGGAGGACGAGGAGAGGACCAGCCUGCCUCUGAUCCCGGCCGACAUCGGGAACUCGGAGGGGGAGCCGGUGGUCCCGGAGAGGCAGAUCCGCAUCGCCGAGAAACCGGGGAACCUGGAAGAGGAGAGCGAGGAGGACAGCCUGGAGGCAGACCUGGUCCAGGUGGGGAACCACGCCUUCGCUCGCAUGGAGGGAGACGUGGACAAGCAGCGCAAGCUCAUCCUGCAGGGCCACAUGUCCGAGGCCGCCGUGCAGAAGCAGCACCAGAGGAACUACAGUCGCUGGUUGUGUCGAGCGCGAGCCGAGGAUCUGUCAGACAUCGCUGCACUGAAGGCCUUAUACCAAACCGGUGUGGAUAUGUGCGGCAGGACAGUGAUGGUGGUGGUUGGACGGAACAUCCCGGUGACGCUCAUCGAUGUGGAGAAGGCACUGCUGUACUUCAUCCAUGUGAUGGAUCCCAUCACGGUGAAGGAGUAUGUGAUGGUUUACUUCCACACGCUGACCGGAGAGCACAACCACCUGGACUCCGACUUCCUGAAGAACCUGUAUGACAUCGUGGACACCAAGUUUAAAAAGAACCUGAAAGCCUUCUAUUUUGUUCAUCCGUCAUUUCGCUCCAAGGUCUCCACCUGGUUCUUCACCACCUUCAGCGUGUCGGGGCUGAAGGACAAGGUGCGCUACCUGGACGGCCUGCAGCAGCUCUUCACCUGCAUCCGGCCCGAGCAGAUCGACAUCCCUCCCUUCGUCCUGGAGUACGACUCCCGGGUGAACGGACGGUACCAGCCCGCCGAGGCGUCCGGCCUGUGACGGCGCCGGGCCGUGAUGGCGCCGGGCCGUGGCGGCGCCGGGCCGUGGCGGCGGUCCCUCGCCGUGGGAGUGGUCAUGUUCCCGUUUGGUCUGAGCUCAGGGGACUCCGCCAGCUGUCUGACUGAAGACCAGAGCAGGAGAGCGAGCCCUCCUUCCUCCUUUCCACUGACUGUUCAGGGAUCUGGGUUCUGCCUCACUCUAAGAUCUGAUUCCUCAAACGUCCCAAAAUACGAAGCACCGAGUGACGCCGGUGUUUUCUGCUGGACACACCGCUUCAUCCUGUCCAAACCGGGAGGCAGAAGCCGGGAGCCGCCUCGGCGUUCUGAGAGACGAACAGAGCGCCGGGUCGACCAGAGCCGCUCCGCUGGACCCAGCAGACUGCCUUCAAGAUGUCCCCCUUCUGGUCUGAGUGUAGAUAUGAGACCUCAGCAGGAAAUGACAGGAAAGGUUCAGUUUUCACUUAAGAUUUGCUCCAAACUCCAAAAAUAACCAAUAAAAUGUUGUGUACUGCUGAGCAGCUGGAGCGCCGCUCUGCAGCCGGUCCUGUUGUGGGUCUGAGGCGGAUCUUCGUCUGGAGCUGACCUGCUGCUCUCACUCCGGCGGCGGCGUUCGGAGCCGUGUGGCGUUACAUCAGAUGCCUCGGUCAAAAAGCCUCGUGUUUCCUGGUGCGUCUGAAACGCAGGAGGACACGUGUUCCGGAGAGCGCCGAGUUCCCUCCAACCAAAACAGAAGGAGCGCUUUCCUUCCGCUCUGUUAAAAUCUCUUCUUGAAAAACUCAUUGGACUUGAUCUGGGAGGCUUUGUUUGGCAGAUUGUUCUAGUUGUUGACAGUAAACAAAGCCAAAGAUAAAAACUGGACUGUACAGGAAGUCCCAGGAUGAUCAGCAGCUGAUAGUAUUAAAUCAGUUUGCAGUUCUUUAACAGUGAUGCACACCUGGCAUCAGAUGCAGCAGAAGUGAAGUGAAUGGUCCAUUCAUCAGCUUUCCGCCUCACCAGCGCCUCCUGUGGGGCUCCGCUCACCACGACACUUCCAUCAAGCAUUCCUGCCGGCCUGGGCCUGAACGCUCAGCGUUCCGACUCUCUUCCUCUGCUCCCACUCUGUUCUUCAGCUGCUUCAUUCGCUGCAUUCGAACGAGGAAUGUGCACAGAAGUCACAGGCACCUGUCUGUAGAGCAGAAUAAAGACAUGAGCACGCUCCGAGUUCUGACGCUUCCAGGACCAGAGAGGUUCACGUUGUCUGAUUUUGUGGCUUCAUCCUGUGAAAUGUCCUGUUCUGGGGGGGCGGGGCCAAACGGCCUUCAGCCAGCCAUCGGACAAUUCAGACUGAUUUCCUGAAAGUUGAUGACCAUCAAGAAGGCUGAGAUUAUUCCAGCAGGAAGAUAAAUCUCCAAACUCUCCUGUUCUCUCACAGCAGAACGCUGAACCGAGCGGCUGCUGAUCUCUGCCCGUCGGCCUUCAGACGUCUGUUUUCUCACAGUAGCCUCACUUCUGCUCCACGUUCUGAGCACGUCCAACAGUUUAGACGUUAACUCCAGUCCUUCUGUCUUCUUUCUACUGAAAACCCAUCUGUGACUUCUCUCACAUGUGACAGUGAGUCCGGUUUGCUCUGCAGAUGUUCUGCAGAUGUUCCUGGAGCGGCUGGGUUCUCUGGUCUCUAUGUUGGCGAGGGAGCGAGUGAGGAGAGUGGUCAGGGUUCAGGCUGCUGGAGGAGGGUGACGGCAGGGGUCUGCAGCGCUCCGCCGGCACUGGCAGAAGAGGCAAAACUGGACGCUCUUCACUUCUGGAGGUUUGAUCUUCCGUGUCUGGUCUGAAACGGAUUUCCCAGAGUGAGCCUGGAAGCCAGGUCCCUGCCUCAGCCUGCGGCUCCAUGUGUUGGAAUAUUAGUUUGAAAUCUACAUUUACUGCCCCUUCACGUCUUUUGCAGCUUCACUGAUCCCUGACGACUUUCUCCAUCACUCCCAGUACUAAUCUAUGCAGCAGACGGUUCCUCUGAGUGCAGGGAGCAGCUUCACGGUCUUCUCGUCUGCAGCAGCUGCUGUCUCACCGAGGAUCGGCCACAGCAGCGUCCUCUGGUCUGCAGCCUCGGUGGAAGUGAAAUAAGAAAACGCCCUGUGUCUCGGAUCUUGUCCUUCCGGUUGUCUCACUCUUGAUAGCAUGAGUCUGGUUGUCCUUACUGUGAUCAUCUGAGAAUGUAUCUGAAUGAUGAGCCAAACCUUCAUUUCCUGGGAAUGUAUAUACUCCUCUCUUUUUUUAUGUUAUGAACGAUUCAAAGUGAUGAGCGGCCACUUCUUAGUUCAGUGAUUUGUGAGAUUUAACAGAACGGGACUUUAUCGGUGUUCAUGUUUCCCAGGAUGAUUUUUUGUAACCUUGAUUAAAGUGCUUUUCGC